UUUUUGAAGAUAAAAUGGGCGGGGUUUAUGACUUUGUGGCUGUGGUAACUAGUGACGACUGAGGGACCAGUGAAAUAACAAAAUGGAGGAAUACGCACGGGAGCCAUGUCCGUGGAGAAUCGUGGAUGACUGUGGUGGUGCUUUCACCAUGGGGGCCAUUGGAGGAGGGAUCUUCCAGGCAGUCAAGGGCUUCAGAAAUUCACCUUCAGGGAUGAGCCACCGAUUGAAAGGUAGCAUGACUGCCAUCAAAACCAGAGCCCCACAGUUGGGGGGUAGCUUUGCAGUAUGGGGAGGCCUCUUCUCCAUGAUUGACUGUGGGUUGGUAAAGGUAAGGGAGAAAGAGGACCCCUGGAAUUCCAUCACAAGCGGGGCCAUGACUGGAGCUAUCCUCGCAGCAAGAAAUGGACCAGUGGCCAUGGUGGGCUCUGCAGCAAUGGGAGGUAUACUGCUGGCGUUGAUUGAGGGUGCUGGAAUCCUGCUCACUAGAUUUGCUUCAUCACAGUUCCCAACUGGUCCCCAGUUUGCUGAGGAGCCAGCCCCCAUGCCUGCCCCCUCCUAUGGAGGAGACUACAGACAGUACCAGUGAGAGGUCCCUCUCACCCUCUAGGCCUUUUUGAAUUCCUUGCUGAAGUUACACUGGGGAAAUGGAGGGCAAAUACUACACAAUACGCAAUUGCACCUAACAUUAUGGACUGGGUCAGAACUGAAGGGCAAUGUAAUACCCUACCCUGCAAGUGUGCCAGAUAUACUGGAGCUGAUGUUGAGUCAAGCACACUGCCAUGGCUAUGUCAAUGUCAAGUCAAAGAUGGACUCUUCUAAACUUGUAUCAUGUUUUUCAUAUGUAUUUAAAGGCUUUCCUGCAUUUGGUAUGUUUUGCUUAUUUGCCUUAUUGUUCAUUGUGUUCUGUGCUUGUGCUCACCAUUUGGUAAAUGAAAAAUGUAAACGGGCGUUUUAUUAAUUGCUAUUAUUGAAUGGUAUAAAUGGCAAACAAUUCAUUUUUUUAUAGUGACUUAUUUAUUUUGUAGUAGUUGAUAAUUAUAUGCUUUAUAGUUUUACAGCAGGAGAGGAGCAAAUUACUGCUGGCAAAUGAUGUUUGAGACAGAAGGAUGACGGUGCAAAACUAUGGACAGGACAAACCUCACCAAUUGCUCAAUGAUCCUCAUGCAAGGGGUUGAUACAACGUAUCUGUAUAAAAAAUUUAAUUAAACAAGAAUAAAAUUAGUUAAAUACAA